AUGAACUUCAACGAGUCAAGUCAAAAGGCACUUUCUGAGAUGGAGCCUAAAGAUCCUGAGCGAUCUUGGUUUGGAAGAUUUUCUAUUGAAGAAGGUGGCAUUGAACGAGUCACCGAUGAAGAAAGACUACAGAAUACAACCAAGUUCUGGAAUGCUGCUACUUUCUGGAAAUCUUUCUAUACCCUCAAUAUCGUCAUACCCCUACUGCUACAAGACACCCUGCUAACAUAUCUCCCCAUCCACAGGUUCAGCGCAAACAUGGCCGUGGCCACCCUAAACAUCGGUUCUCUAGGAGGCGCCCUAGGCCUCUCAUUUUGGGACUGUUUCAUCGUCAUAUUGAUAGUGAAUCUAGCAAGCGACCUCCUGCCAGCGUGGACAGCGGUCUUCGGUCUAACAGGGCUACGAAUGACAACCUUCUCACGCUACUCAUUCGGCUACUGGGGCAAUAUGUUGGUAGUAGUAUUUUCGAUGGUAGCAACAACCGGAUGGAAUGCAAUAAACUCCAUCUCCGGCGCAGCAGUCCUCCACGCCCUCUCAGACGGCGCAUUCCCCAUUUGGGCGGGCGUGAUCGUCAUCUGCGUGUCAGUGUGGGUAGUCUGCGUACUAGGCAUUAGCUGGAUUCAUCGUCUUGAUACAUUCAUCUGGAUCCCGCCUCUAAUUGUUUGGUGUGUUGCUGCAGGGACAGGUGCGUCGCAGUUCACGGGCGAAGACCGAGGUCUGAAAGGGUCUGAUAAGGCUGCUGCAAUUCUUACAUACAUGGCGUCUAUUUUCUCGUUCUCUGUUUCUUGGGUCAACUGUGCAGCGGAUUAUAAUGUGCGGAUGCCCAAGGGGACACCGAGGUGGCGAAUCUUCAGUGCUACUUAUGUUGGGAUCUUUGUUCCUACCGUUCUUGUUCAGACGCUUGGGGCGGCGUUGUAUACGGGGACUAUUACGAAUUCAGCUUGGGAGAAGGCUUAUACGACUUCUUCGAUUGGGGGCUUGCUUAAGAUGGCGCUCGAGCCGGCUGGGGGGUUUGGGAAGUUUUUGAUGGUUCUUGCAGCAUUGAGUGCGAUCCCUAACAACAUCCCAAACAACUACUCAUUUGCACUUCAUGCACAAAACCUGGGGCCAUGGGCCAUGAGAAUUCCUCGAGUGGUCAUGGUGACUUUUGGAUUUAUUGCGGCGAUAGUGAUCGGCUGUUGCGCGGCCACAUAUUUCUCCGAUACACUGCAAACAUUGCUAAGUGUGAUUGGGUACUGGACCGUUAUCCAUAUCACCCUGGUAAUGGAAGAACAUUUUAUCUUCCGCCGUGGGUGGAGUGGAUAUGACCUCGAUGCUUGGAACAGCAUAGCUAGUCUGCCAUUUGGGUGGGCUGCGAUCGGGGCCUUUGCUUUCGGAUUUGUGGGUGCUGCUCUUGGCAUGAAAACUGCGUGGUACUCAGGACCUAUUGCAUCCUUGAUUGGCAAAAAGGGCGCAAACAUAGGCCAUGAGUUGACUUUUGCAUCUUCGGGUAUCGUUUUCCCAUUGUUCCGAUGGACCGAGAAGCGCUAUGGAGGCAGGUGA